CAUGUAUGUAAGACAACCAAAUCCAUCUAAAUAGGGUUUUAAAAAGUCAUUACUAUUUAAUAAGGCCAACUAAUGAAGGUCGCAGUUUCCUCAAUACCAACCAUACAGCUGAAAUGGAGGGAGCUGGGGACCACUUUUCAUGCAGCCACAAACCAACCAGGGCAAUACACCUUAAAGAUAUCACCAUCUUGGUGGAUGUCAGUCUACACUGUAACUGUACUACUUCACUGAGAGGAUCCACAGGUUUCCUGCACCAAGUUCCUCAUUUAAAAUCACAGGACACGGGACACCAAGGGUACACCAUGGCACAAGGGUCGUUGUUUCGAAGUGAGGAGAUGUGUCUGACACAGAUCUUUCUCCAGGUGGAGGCUGCAUACUGCUGCAUUGCUGAGUUAGGAGAGCUCGGCCUGGUCCAGUUCAGGGAUCUGAACAUGAAUGUGAAUGCCUUCCAGCGAAAAUAUGUCAAUGAAGUGAGAAGAUGUGAAUCUAUGGAACGAAUUCUCAGGUUCUUGGAAAAGGAGAUCGAGGGGGAACAGAUUGUGACCCAGGACUCUGAAGAGGAUCCCCCCAAGGCUCCCCUCCCACGGGAGUCAAUCGAAUUGGAGGCCGUUUUGGAGAAGCUGGAAUGUGAACUGCUAGAGACAAAUCGAAAUCAUCAGACCCUAAAAAAUGACUUCCUGGAGCUGACCGAACUCAAACACUUGCUCAAGAAAACUCAGGAGUUCUUUGAGAAAGAGGUAAAUUUACCUGACGAGCUUAAUGAAGACACCAAUGCUUUGUUGGAAUUGCAUGGUGCACCUGCAGCUACUGGAAAACUUGGGUUUAUUACUGGAGUGAUAUGGAGGGAGAAGAUGGCGUCCUUCGAGCGGCUGCUGUGGAGGGCCUGUAGAGGGAAUGUCUAUGUGAAGCAGAGUGAUAUGGACAUUGAGGUUAAAGAUCAUGCUAGAAAAGAGGAAGUAAAGAAAAAUGCCUUCAUCAUAUACUUUCAAGGGGAGCAACUGAAGCUUAAAAUUAAGAAAAUUUGUGAUGGGUUCCGAGCCUCAGUCUACCCAUGCCCAGAGAACGCAGCUGAGCGACGUGAGACGGUUACAGGAGUGAACACCCGCCUGGAGGAUAUAAACAUAGUCCUUAACCAAGCUGAGGAACACCGAAAGAGAGUGCUCCAGGAAGCAGCCAGAAACCUUCAGAAUUGGAAAAUUAAAGUGCAAAAAAUGAAGGCCAUCUAUCAUAUCUUGAACAUGUGCAACAUUGAUGUGACCCAGCAGUGCCUGAUUGCUGAAACAUGGUGCCCGGUCACAGACAUGGAUACAAUCAAACAGGCACUCCAUCAGGGAAUGGAACAGACAGGUUCAACAGUCGCCCCUAUUGUGACAGUAAUAAACUCCAAGAUGGAGCCACCCACCUUUAACAGAACCAAUCGGUUUACAGCCGGGUUUCAGAACAUUGUGGACGCCUACGGUGUUGGGACCUACAGAGAAAUGAAUCCAGCUCCAUAUACCAUAAUAACAUUCCCCUUUCUGUUUGCGGUGAUGUUUGGGGACUGUGGACAUGGGGCUGUCAUGUUAAGCUUUGCUGUAUGGAUGGUCUUCAAUGAGACGGCUCUGAAGAAAAAUAAGGGCAGCAAUGAGAUUUGGGACACCUUCUUUGGCGGACGUUAUCUUAUUCUGUUAAUGGGCAUUUUCUCCAUUUAUACUGGCUUCAUCUACAACGAUUGCUUUGCCAAGUCCUUCAACAUCUUUGGGUCUUCCUGGCAUGUUAAACCAAUGUUUCUGCAUAAAAACUGGAAUGAUCAUGUCCUAGAAGACAAUAUUUUACUGCAGCUUGACCCAGCAGUACCAGGAGUCUACUCAGGGAAUCCUUAUCCCUUUGGCAUUGAUCCGAUAUGGAACAUUGCUACGAACAAGCUAACUUUCCUGAACUCCUACAAAAUGAAGAUGUCUGUUGUUCUUGGUAUUGCCCAGAUGAUGUUUGGAGUCAUUUUAAGCCUUUUGAAUCACCUCUACUUUAAGAGGAUCAACAUCGUCCUGCAGUUCAUCCCUGAGAUGCUUUUCCUCACCUGCUUGUUUGGCUAUCUGGUCUUCAUGAUCAUCUUCAAGUGGUGUGCCUAUGACGUUCACACCUCUCAUCAAGCUCCCAGUAUCCUCAUCCACUUCAUCAACAUGUUCAUGUUUAAUUACAACGACCCCACUAAUGGACCUUUGUACACAUAUCAGCAAGCGGUUCAGAGUUUCUUGGUCAUUCUCGCCCUGGUUGCUGUGCCAUGGAUGCUGCUGAUUAAACCUUUUGUUCUGCGUGCCAGUCACCUUAAAUCACAGCGCACGAGAGCCAGUGGCCCAGAAGAGAUUGAGGUGGACGUCCUUCAGCCAGACCCCUCAAGCCACUCUGACCACGAUGGUGGGCAUGAUGAGCAUGCUGAUGAGUUUAACUUUGGAGACAUCUUUGUGCACCAAGCCAUCCACACCAUAGAGUACUGCUUGGGCUGCAUCUCCAAUACAGCCUCUUACCUGCGUCUCUGGGCUCUUAGCUUGGCGCAUGCACAAUUAUCUGAAGUGCUGUGGACUAUGGUGAUGCACAUAGGACUCUGCAGCUCCAGCUGGGGGGGGCUGAUUGGGGUGCUGAUCAUCUUUGCUGCGUUUGCCGUUUUAACCAUUGCUAUUCUCCUGGUCAUGGAAGGACUCUCUGCUUUCCUCCAUGCCCUGCGUCUACACUGGGUGGAGUUUCAGAACAAAUUCUACACAGGAACAGGCCACAAGUUUACUCCCUUCAGUUUUGAAGCCAUCUUGUCUGGAUUUACUGAAGAUGCAUAGCCAUUUUAUUUGAAAACAAAACUAAUAUUUAAAAAAUGCUAUUUUGUUUCAAAUCCUAAAUCAAGGCCAUGUUCGUCAAGUAAGGAAUGGCUACUGUUGCUAACAGUUUAUUGUCUGUUUUGUUUUCCUAUAGUUUUGAAUCCAACCUCCCUAAAGGUCUUAACUUAAAUUCAUUGAUGCAUAUGCUGUAAUUUCUUUAAUUCAAAUGAUUUGUACUGAUGCUUUUUCCUUCAUUUUAAAGUGUUGUUACAUACAGUAAAACAAUAUAUACACUGGAAGGUAUUUUAAUAAAUCACAAGUCAAUUUGUUAUGCAAAACAGAAUACUGCUGGCAUACAAGGAACUUCAGCUCAACACUUCCUCAUACACCCUGAAAGGAAAGAGAUUCAGUUCAACCUUGCUUCCAUGCAAUACAUGGAAAUAACAAUAUCUUCGCCCAGCUAGUUUUAUUGUGAAAUUUGUAUAGAAAAGAAUAAAAUAAAAUCGAAAUAAAGUCUUGGAAUGAUGUGUAUUAUCACUGGAUAAUACCUUCUAUUCAUUUGUUUAGCACAAUUCUGAAUAUUGUUUUACAAAGCAUUUGGAAACUUGAUAAUUUGGCUGUGCAUAAACCUCUCUCUCUCAUAUAUAUAUAUUAUAUAUAAUCAAAGCUAUUAAAGCAGGGUUGAUAAAGUAACCAACUCAGUGUUGUUUUUCAAGUCUGCCCUGUUCUUUUUUAACAAAGAUUCAGAAACUAAAGCCUAAUGCCUUAGCCACAGGGGAUUUGGCAUCCUUUGUUUUUAUUCAAAAGAUCUCAAUGAGAUAUACUGUCAACAGAGUACACAGGGCGUCUGUUUAACAUCUAGAAAGACUAGGAGGGUGUUGGUUCAGAGAGAAGAACUCCUUUUCUGCUGCACCUGGUUUUAUUCCAUUUAAUCAUAUAGACUGAAAAGAACUUGUCAGGAAAAUAAGAAAUAAAACAAAA